UUUAAGUUCGGAUAAGAACCAACAUCUCUUAGAGCUUUGAAGUUUAUCAAUGGUAUUUUAUUUAGCUUUAAGUUUGUUUUAUACUAAAGGAUAUUUCACUUUCAGUUCUGGGGAAAAAUGCACACUAGUGCAAGUGAAACAUAUUUGUCAUGUAUAAACCGUUGUUCUUGCUUAUAAAUAAAAUAUAUAUAAAUAAAUAAAUUGCACUCAAUCAAAAAAUAUAACAAAUAAUUAUUCCGUUCUAUAAAAAACUAAAAAAAACUGCUUUAUGUCAAAGCCGUAUGUUUUGAUAACAAAAAAUUUCGCCCAAAUACAGAAUCACACAUAAAAGGGUCACACAACUUCGGUACAUAGCAAAAAUCGAUAAAAUAUAAAUAAUAACUUUAACUAUUUACUCGGUAAUAAAAUGUGAUUGGACUGUCGUGCUAUGUUUUGUAUAAUGCAUUAUUAUAUUGAUCAAAAAUUAAAAAAAAGUUCUUCAUUCUGUUAGGCAAAGGAAAUUACGCACAAAAGGACGAAUAUGCAUUCGGUUGGAAUACAUUCUGCUAUGGCUAUUAAGCGCCAGCGUAAAAGAAGAGAUGAACAGAAAAGAGCUCGAGAACGGAGGUAUAGCACUCAAAGCUCCGAGAGUGGCGAAACAUUCCAUUCACCCAGUGGGUCUGUGAGACGCAAAUAUCAUCACCAUCAUGCGGCCAAGCCUGGACCAGGAAUGCUUGACAGCCAGGUUGUCACCAGUAUUGGAAUGCUUCAUAUUGGUAUUGUGUUCAUUGUUUUUGGAGUUUUUCUUAUCGGGGCAGGAAUUAUUCCAGAUGAAACAAUGUCCUGGAAUGUGUUUAGCUCCAGUUCUGCGUGGUGGAAUGAGGUGACUUGCACAGGAUUAUUUUCCCUUGGACUUGGACUAUUUUUGUUAGUUUUGAAUUGCCUCAUAAGUCGAAAGGAAGAGGAGGAUCUCGAGGACUACGUACAACGGCAGCUUACUCGAUCACGUUCUGGGCACCGCCUUGAAAGAGAUGUAGAAACUGGUGUGCUAACCACGCGCCAUGCUCGCAAAGCUGUAGCCUUACAAAAAAGCGGCCGCAAUAACUCGCCCACAGAUGUCGCAGUCGUAAACUGCGCAUCUUCGGAUAACUUAUCUAACGGACCGAUAGUUGGACGUAAUUGUAUGAAUAACUCUGGUGAUAUACUUCUCGAAAAAAUUGUAGAGGAAGAUACUCCCUAUUUAAAUGACAGAAGUGCAGGAAUAUCGCCGAUUGAAAUAGAAAAUGAUACGAAACAGCUGUUAAGAAGGGAGUCUAUUACUGAUGCAAUCAAUAUAACACGAAUAUAAAACACUUACUUAAUUUUUCCUUAUUUAUACAGCUUAAAGAUACACACCUAUGGCGUAUAAUCAACUGCAACAAUUUUUUAAAGACAUUUUAGCUAACUAUUGUUAUGGCCAUUAUACCCACGUGUAUGUCUAUAUUCAAUCAUACAUCCGUCAAAACAUUUAAAUGUUUGAAAAUACUAUAUUAUGACUUUAAGAUUCUAUUAACUAUUAUAAUUUUAAAACAAAAUUAUUUAUCGGGUUUGCUGAAUGCGUUGUACAAAGAAGUAUUGCUGCAGAUUAGGAAUCAUGCGAAGAUUAGCGCACAGAACGGAAAAAUACUAUGGAUUAUUACACUGCUUUUGGGAAGUUAGCCGAGUUUGCCGAUAAAUAUGGAAAGCAAAUCUGUGAUGAAUACAUGCGACUCCCAAAUGCAGUGUAACAAAAAUUGCAUCAGAACGGGAGAGCUGGACCUAUACUGAUUAUUUAAAAUACCCCCUCUGACUGAAAACGUAUAUUUUGGGGUUCUACUCUAUUCUUUAAAAACGAAAUAUAAAUCAUUUCUAUUAUUUAUGUAACCCAUUUUUCAAAAAGGAAAAUCCUUGGAAAACUUUUCAAAUAAAACAGUGUACCGUUUUACCCAAGUUCUAUAAAUCAGCUCCUCCAAAAUGUUUAUAAAUCUAUACGAGAUCGAUUAUAACAUUUAUCUGCUGACUAGUGUAAUACCAAAUAAUUGCACAAUAAUUUAUAUUAUAUAUGUAUGUAUGUAUGUACAAAUAUGAAACACAAAAAAGAAUUGGGGUCGAUUUCUUAAUGUCAAUAUAAGCUUUGUCUGACCUGUAAACUGGGAUGAAACCAAUGAUAGCAUUCAUUUUUUGUACUUCUAGACUAAGAAUUGAUGUUAUUUUAAAACUCAUGCAAAUGAUUGCAUUCCAAUACCAAAGGACCUUAUCAAAAUAUAUAAAUUUAGUUACUAUGUAAGCUUAAAAUGCCUAAAUAAUGCAAAUAAUUUAUUUUGAAUGAACAGUAACUGGUGCUUUCCGUUUAUUGAAUUCUGGAACCCAAAUUAAUAGUUGUGAAAUGAUUAAUACUUAUAUAGAGCAAAUAAAUGCUGUAACUUUU